AUGGAGGUGCAGAAUCCAUUUCAAAUUUCGUGGGACCGCUAUCCAUACCAGUCAUUCCUCGAGUUUUUCCUGGGCAAAAUCGCCGGAUAUGGGUCGAAUGUGGCAUUGAUCGACAUUGAAAGCAACAAACAAUGGCGCUAUUCGGAGAUCAAGGUCUGGGUGACGAUGGCGGCCGAGCGACUCCGGGAAAUUGGAAUUGGGGAGAAGUCGCGGGUGGCCAUCAUUUCGGGCACCACCGGCCAGACGCUGUUCAUCCAUUUGGCCUGCGCUUCGAUCGGGUGUACCGUUGUUGCCGUCAACGGAUUUUUGGCUAUAGACGAGCUCUGGCAACUGGUUGACAUCAGCGAGUCAUCACACCUCAUUGCCGAGGCGACGUUCCUGCAGAAGGCGGAAGAUGUCAGACGAAAAGCCCAAAUGCGAGGUACUGGACGCAUCAAGGGGGUACGUGGUUUCGACGACGUGCUGUCGAGUGAUGCCCUAUGUACGGAGGGUCGUGGAUAUGUCGCGCCCCGGCCACCACCAUUCCUCCGAAAUUCGUCAAGCCAAAAAUUGAUCAAGGUUGAUGCCAUGCAAAUUUCACAAGCUAUGGGCGAGUCAAUCUCUCUUGGCAACGGUGAGCUACUGUCCCCGAUGUCCGAUAAGACGAAUAAUAUGGAGAAAGGGCGCCAAUCGAUUUCGCAGGACUCGGACCAUUCGGAUAUAAUCUACCCUCCAAUAACGUCCUCGGAUUAUUCCCACCAAUCGCCGCACACGAGCAACCCGUUCAUGAUAUUUUUCACUUCCGGGACGACAAGUGCACCGAAGCCUCUGGAAGUCUCACAUCGCUCGCUGAUCAUCAACAUCCAGCAAAUGUCCUGCUCGCUUUAUGGGCCUGUUCAGUUUAAGGAACGCUUUUUGCUGCCAAUCUCCAUGUCCCACCUCUGGGGUAUCCUAUCUGCUUAUUACGCCCUCAUCAACGGGGCCACGGUCUGUACGCUACAUAAAUGGACGACGAAGGGUGUGGCUGAUGCGCUCAACUAUCAUAAGAUCAACGUGGGUCACAUUACGGCUCCAGUACUGCACGGACUUGCCAACGACCCGACUCUGGAAUUGGUGCAUUUGCCCUUCCUCCGUUCGUUGAUUGUUAGCGGUUCGCCGGUGGACAGUAACUUGUUGAAGUUGUGCAGAUCGAGAUUCAGAAUCGGUGAUGUUAGGCAAGCUUAUGGGAUGACGGAACUAGGUGGUCUAUGCACUUUACCGUUCGCUGGCACUGACAAGCCGGAAAGUGUCGGGGCCCCGCUGCCAGGAAUGCUUCUAAAGGUGCUAAACUGGGAAACCCAGGCCUUGUGUAGCCCAAGACAGCUUGGUCAUUUGUAUGCGGCUGGACCACAGGUCUCGCCGAGAUAUUUCAAAAAUCCCAAGGCAACCAAUGAGCUUGUUGAAGCGGAUGGAUUCGUGAGGACCGGAGAUGCUGCCUACUACGAUGAGAAUGGCCUGAUCUACAUCGUCGACCGCAUCAAAGACAUGAUCCGCUGCAAGGGGACAUUGGCAAGAAAGAUAUAUUAUUCU